GUCAGUUUAUUCCGCUUGCCAGUCCGCGUUAGCAACACAGAGUGAUCACAUGUUCGUCUCCCUCGGGUUGUGGACUUCCCUUCUCCUUUUUGUCCAUCACCCUACCUCAUGUACCCUACCGAGACCUCUGCAACACCCUACAACAUCUCCCUAGUGAUAGCGGGCAGCCGUCAGCAACCCUAGGCAUCGGUUCCCGCUCGCUGAUGAGAGCCAAUGACAGGCGUGGAUGUGCUGACGGUUCCUCGAGGGUAACCCGCCGAACACGAGGGCGCGGGGCCGGACCAACGAAGACAGGAGUACCAGUGAGCCAGAGACGAGGGGCGGCAGGAGGCAACCACACAAUGAACCAACGCCAGAGACUGGUCACAGAGGGGGAAGUGGGCGUGGUCUCAGUGAUUUCAAAACGCUCAUUGGACAACACAACCGACGGGGGACGCUAUCCACUCUACCGACUGGGGGAGGAGAGCGCGGAGACGGGCACGGGGGCAAGGGCAGCGCCACCCACAUGCACGAGUGUACCUGAGGAGGGCAGGGAAGUGUCCAACGAGAGAUGCAGAGGGAGGGAGCUGGACGCGUUGCUCCUGAAGGCUGAUCAUCGUGGGGUAUACAAACGGUUCCUGGUGUGUGGUUGGUUGGUGCCCGUGUGCCUCCUCAUACCCUGUGCUCACCUCAGCUUCAUGCUCAUGCUGUACCUGCCCCCUUCCAACUGUACCCUCCCUGACCCCCCGCCACACAUCUCCCAUGAUGCCUGGAGGAAGUUAGCCACACCCAGGACCUCUACGGGGGAGCUCAAUGCUUGUGCCUUGUAUGACUUUCCCUCCGCACUGAAGGACUCCGACUAUGAUCCAGGACAGCAUCACCAGUACAGCUCUAUCAUCUCGGAAGACACCCACGACACUUUUCAGGACCCUGGCACCUUCGCACUACAACCAGAUACCUCACAAGACACCGGUACACCCAGAACGGACAUCGGUAUUGAUGUAAAUGACCCCAGUGUAUCAGAAAUGGACGACGGUACUGAUGGAGAGUUUCCCAGUAUGGCGCGUGUCCCCAGUAAACCCCAAGGGGACACUGGGUCACAUCAAGACGCUCCCGGUACCUAUGGAGACGUAAAUAGCCAAGGAAAUUACACCAGUAACCCCCAGGAGAGUCAAAGCACUUCAGAACGCAAGAGUACGCCACAGCACACUCCAGUAGAGGGCCAAAGUAAACUCGAAGGAGACUCUGUGUCACAACACACUCCCGGUACCUCUGGAGACGCACGUACCCCAGAGAAGGACACCAGUAACCCCAAGGAGACUCAGGGCACUUCAGGACACAAUAGUACGCCACAUCACACUCCAGUAGAGGGCCACAGUACCCCGAAUAAUGGUCUUGAACUCAACCAGCCUGACCCCAGCUUCCCAGGACAUACCGGUACAUCUGAAACACAUGACUACAGUGAACCAGAGCCCCCCAGUAACACAAACCACACAGACCAGCAACUCAACACCCCAGAUAAACAUUCCAACUCCCUAGAUGACCCCAAGACCCCCGAACUGUACCUCAGCAUCACCGACGACCUCUUUAACACCCCAACACAGGAUCACCACCCCAACACCACCACCAACACCACCUAUUCUGACCUCUCCGAAUCACGUGCUGCUCAUUACUUUGACCCCUUCAAUGACCUUUUUGACCUGAAGAAGAUCAAUGAGACCCAGCCCGUACCCAAACAUGACCCGCUGAAGGAGUACAGGACGGCGGCGUUGCUGUGGCAGGAGCUGUACCCUCUGGAGGCGCCCGCGAGCAACUAUACGAUGGGCUGCGUCUUCGGGUACGACUUCGACCAGACCUACGUGCAGGAGACACUGUCCACGAGGUUCGGCUACGCGUGCGCUGAGUCCAAGGGCAGCACCCAAAUCCUGCACGCCUCCAUGGCCGGGAACCUGGUGGGCUGCAUCCUCUUCGGCGCCCUGGCUGACAAGCUUGGGAGGAAGUGGGUGUUCAUGGCGCUGGCAAUGAAGGCGGCGCUGCUGGGGACCUUGUUUGUGCUUGCGCGAGGCCCCUGGUCGCUCCUGCUGCUUCGGUUCCUGGUCGCUCUCGGUCUGCCGGCCAUAUACCAGGUGGUGCUGAUUACAGCCCUGGAGCAAGUGACGGACGGGGAACGCGGUCUGGUUACCUCUCUCUCGUCCGUGUGUUUUUCCCUCGGCCAGUGUCUCCUAGCCCUCCUGGCGUGGCUGACGGGGCACUGGGUCAACCUGGGCCUGGCUACGAGUCUCCCAGCUAUUCUCGCUUUGCUCUAUCUCAGGCUGGUUGAGGAGUCCCCGCGGUGGUUGGUGUGCAAGGGAAGGGCGGUGGUAGCGGCGAAGGUCCUGCGGCGCGUGACAGCGAGGAACAAGGACAACACUCAGCUGCUGCCUUCCCUCUCCCUCCUCCGGGCAAGGAUUAGGAAGAUCACCAGCAGAGCGCGCGCCGAGGAGGAGGAUGAGCUGAGUGAGGCCUGCCGUGGGGCGUGUGGGUGGAUUACAGGCUCCGUGACCUUCCUCAUGACCUACCCCUACCUCUCUGGCAGGGUCUUCCUCUAUAUGAUAUGUUGGACCGUGAAUCUCGUGCUAUACUUUGUGAGCACCAUGAAGUACCCGCACGUAUCAUACAACCCGUACAUAGCCUGGUUCUGCGCCUCCGCCACGGAUAUCCCCGCUAACCUACUGGUCCCCUUGCUGCUCCGGUGGCUGGGUAGACGCACGCUCCACUCCUCUGGCUUCGCUGUGUGUUCGGCCGCCUUUUUUACGGGUGGUGUGCUCCUGGCUUGCGGUUACAAGGAGAGCUUCAUGGGCGUCGUGUUCCUGGUGCUGGUGGCCAAGUUCUGCAGCGCCAUGACCUUCCUCGUCGUGUAUCUGCUGGCCGCCGAGCUCCAUCCAACGCCCAUUAGGAGCUUCGUCACGGGCCUGGCUUCCUUUGUGGCCCUCACCGUCAACAUCUUCAGCCCUGCGAUCCUGGAUAUG